AGGCGCCAGAAAGAGCAACCGCUCCAUUGAUCAUCUACCCAACCAAGCGGAUCGUCUACGAUCGCAAGCCAGGCGAACAUCUCUCUCUCCGAUGCGAGGUCAGCUUCACGUUCCUGAAGGACUCCCCUCAGGAGGUCUGGUGGGCCAUUGAUGGGAAACACUCGGACGACGUCACCGACUUCAAGUUCAACAUUACCACCACGGAGGCCCCCUUGCCCAUCGGAGGGACCCAAAUCCAAAAGAUCCUCAGUGUGCCCCGCGUGACGGAGAAGGAUUUGAAACGCAACUUCACCUGCUUCGCGCAGAACAACAGAGGCAUCGUCCAGGCCCAGGCAGUCGUCCGGAUAAAAC